CUGCACGUCCUCGAAUCAGUCCUUUCUUUCGCAAUACAAUAUGGCGUCAAAAUUACGAGUUCUUGUUGGCUGCAAACGUGUCAUAGAUUAUGCUGUAAAGGUAGGUUUCGCAGAAAAUUGCAAGAAAUAACGCUUUAAAGAAUGAUUGUUAGUUCUUUUCAAUUUUUCUGUAUCUAGAUUCGUGUGAAACCUGACAAAACAGGAGUAGUAACGGAUGGAGUAAAACACAGUAUGAACCCUUUUGACGAAAUAGCAGUCGAAGAGGUAUCAAUAUAGCUUUAUUAUAUUCGUGCAUGCAUGCAAAAUCAACCCUUAGUGUACUUGUUUUGAGUAUAUACUGAAAUCCUAAAUAUAGUUAAACCUGAGAAAGAAAUAUUUGUAUAUGCUAUUCAGUGUGGUUUGGUUUAAUAUGGUCGUUUUGUACUUGGUACCAUAGAGAUUAUAAAUAACACUAGCGGAGGCAUUGAGUUUAAGAAUUGGGAACGCAGCUAAUGAGGGGCAAAUUCAAGCCCCGGAUAUAAAAUCGUGCUCUCAUUGGCUGAUUUGAAACUCGUCACCAAUGGGAACACGAAUACACAUCCGGGACUUGAAUUUGCCCCCCAAUAGUUGCGUUCCCUUUUUUUUACUGAAUUAAGAUUACAAUGCCUCCUCUAGUGUUAUUUAUAAUCUCUAUGCCUGGUACCCCCAGGCUUAAGACAGUUCGUACUCAAGGAACUUGCAGAUAAAUUUCCAACUGCAGAGCGAAGAGCUUAAACAUGACCCCCAGGCUUGUUUUGCAAUUGAGGGGGGGGGGCUGGUGUUGAGAUGUUCGCAGCGAAGCUGUGAACCUAGCAAAUUUUAAAUAUGCCCAUACCCCCUAGCAAAUUUCAAAUAAUUACAAGCCCGUAAAGUGCAUUUCCAGGCGCUAUUUCCCACAAUAAUUUUGUUUAAUUAACCCAUUAAGCGCCAGCGCUCUCCCCUUGACGAGUAAAACCGUCUGGCAUUAGACAGUGAGAGUAAAAUACUAAAGUAGGGUGCAAUACAACUCAAUCGGUUAACUAGACACACGGGCAGAUAGGCCAGUUAACCCAUUAAGCACCAGCGCUCUCCCCUUGACGAGUAAAAUCAUCUGGUGUUAGACAGAGUAAAAUACUAAUAAAAGUAGGGUGCAUCAGGGUGCAAUGCGACUCAAUGGGUUAAAGUAACUAUGUGUAUAUUGUUAAGUGCAUUAAUUAUACUGUGAACUAUUUUAACUGCACUGAAAGUACCACAAGUUAACAUGAUGGCUCUCUACCUUUGGUUUUUUUUGUUUUUAAUAUUUAUAAAGAAUAAGAGACCAAAUUUUUUGGACUUGUUGAAAAAUACUUUUAAUCUUGCAUUAUAAUGAUGCAGUGUACAACUCUUGGAACAUAGACUCAGGACUGGAAAUGCCUGAAAAAAUUAAAAAACUGGGUAUCAUAAAUUUUUUUUUAUGCGUUUGCUUAGUGUUUUGCAGAUUCUGACGUUUUUGCCUCUACCUUCAGUAAUUUGCUACAGCAUACCUGUAGAUUUUAUUUAAUAUGGAGCUAGCCAAUCUUCAAAUGGAGCUACCCUAUGCCACAUUCUCUUACCCAGAGCCUGUUUUACAAGCAGUCAACAGAGCAUGACGUGGGUCGUCACUCGAGGGGUAUGAGAAUGUGUUUCGCCGCAACUGCAGCAGAUAAAAAUUUAGCCUCUGGAUUAGAACAAAAUGCUGCACAUGAUUUUUGGAGUUCAUAGCCAGUAACUCCAGGCUUAGAUACCUAGCUUUUUCAUGAUUUUUGGAGUUAUACUUAGCUCCAAAUGAUUUUGGAGUUAGCCAGUAAUUCCAGGUUUAGAUACCUAGCUCCUAAAUGAUUUAGCCAGUGACUCCACAAUUCAUAUUUCAACUCAGUUAGUUUUAAAUUACACAAGUUACUCAAGUGUAUAUUUUGGUUUGGAGUUAGCCCUUUAGACUUUGGAGGUAGUGUCGCUCCAUUGCUUCCUACUUUCUGCAACCAUGUGCUACAGAACUGCCUUUAUGGCAGCAGGAAAUAAUUUAUCCACACAAUUGUUAAUUUGUGUAAAGAAUGUACAGACAGUCCGUUUUGUUUGUAUAUUUAUUUGUAGGCUGUCCGAAUGAAGGAAAAAGGUAUUGCUGAUGAAAUUGUAGCACUUAGUUGUGGACCACCAAAAUCUGAGGUAAUCUUAACAAAACAUACAUUGAGCACCAAUAACUGCAUUUCAUUAUUGUAGCCAUAUUAUAAAAACAAUUCACACUCAUACACAAUGUGCUACAGUGUUAAGUAUAAUGUACUGCAUUACACUGCAUCCUGAUGACCCAAUCCAUUAGAAAUUAUAUCUACAGUGCAUGUAGAUACAACAGUGGUGGAUCCAGCAAGGUUUUUGUAGGUUGGUGUUGGCCAAGCACGCCGAAUCUAGCACUGGCCAGCAGCAUACUGUCAUGAAAGUGUGUGAUAUGUUGAAUAAAUAUAAUUUAAUUUAAUAAUAAAAUAUAAAUUCUCUCAUCUCUCAAUACUGUUUCACAUUUGAAUAUUUGAUUACUUUUGUAAUUUCUAUUUUCAUUAUGAAAUUCUAAUAAAGUUAGACAUCUGCAGCAAGAUUAAAGACCAUGUCAAGUCUGUAAUGUAAACAAAUCCUUUGUUUACAUUUUGAACUGCUAUAUUUGUAAACUAAGACAUACUAACUGAAUAUCUAACACUUUUCUGGUUCGCAAUUGUAAACGAAUAUAAACUAGAGUGCGUUUCAAUUCAAAAAAGUUUGAAAGAUGCAAAAUUUGGGCAAUGUUUAUAUCUGUGGGUCCCCCUUUGUUAUGAGCAGAACUGAUGCGCAGAACGAACUUGACAUGGUCUUUAAGAAUUUGCUUUAUUCAAUCAAAGUAUAUCAAACUAAAUUAAUUAAUAUUGGACUUUAUAUUAGUAUUUUGUACUAGUGCUGUGAUGUUGUCUUGAAUUCCAAAACUUAAGUUAGUUUAAGACUGAUAACAAACUUUGAAUUAAAACUACAGUAAGAUAAAUUUAAUUUUAUGCACCCUUUUGCACCCCUGUUGAUCAAGACCCCCCUCCCCCUAUAAAUCCACCACUGAGAUACAAUGUACUUUUGGUUACCACCAAACAAAUUUUGCUAUGUUGGGUUUCAUGCAGGUAAAUGAUAUAUUAAUUGUUUCAGUUGCUUUAAAAUUUAAGGUUUUGUUUGCCAUGAGCUGAUAAUCGCGGUUUUUAUCUGUAUAAGCGAUAAUCAGUACCUUUUUCGAUUAUAAGCUGAUAACAUCAGUGCAGUAUAUUAUACAGUAUAUAUAUAUUGGUGUGUAUUGUGUUCAAUUGUUUUCCUUGUCAUAUGUUUUCUUUGUUUAUACUGUAGAAGAUGCAUUAAUUGCUUUCAAAAAUGGAACAUUUACAUCGCUGUACUGUCAAAUUUAGUUAAAUGAUUCCAUUUUGCAGAUGCCCGAGUUAUCUGCCUAUAUCCCUAUUCCCUAAAAAAUGAAGUUAUAUUUGGGGGCUGAAUUUUUCAUUAUAAAUUAGUUGGUUCGAAAGUUAUUAACUCCAAAAGAAUACACAUAUACGUCCGUUUACUUUAUUCCGCGAAACAAAGCCAAGUAUAUACAUCCUGUGGUGUAUACUUUGAUAUUUAAAAUUUCCAAACAUAGUUAAAUAGUUUGGUCAUGCUGCAUGCAUUAUCACUGUACUCUCUUACUUCAUACCUGUAGUGGGGUCAUUCCAUGUCAAUUCUUCAGAGGGUUUUAACCCACCUCGUGCAAUCUAGCUCAUUUUUUCACCACUAGUGGACAUUAUUAAGAAAUGACUGUAUACAAAAUUUGAAGUUAAUACCUCCAAUGGUUAUUGAUUUACAGCAUAUCAAAACUUGCCUGAUUUUAGGGUGUUUGUUUGCCCUCGCCAAUUCCACUUCCAGUUGUGGAAGUAAUAUUUGAAUUUGGUACUCUAAAUCUUAUUGUGCCAAGGAAUCUGAAAAUAACAUCAGAAUAGUCAUAUCGUAACAGGGUACCCACUAUUCUGAGUUUUGAGAAUUUUACGACCUCUGCAUUUCAAGCAAAAAAUCUUCGAUGUCUCCGACCACUUAAACAGUCACAUUGUAUGUCAUCUAAAAGAGCGCACUUUAAACUACCAAAAAACGCUAAAUUCACAAUUUGCAUCUUACGGAGGCGAGUUUCUUAGGUUGAAAAAUAUAGCAGUUCAAAAUGUAAACAAAGGAUAUGUUUACAUUACGGAUUUGAGAUGGUCUUUAACCGUUAAUUUUCCGUUACUAUAAAAUACAAAAUAUUGUUUUAAUGCAGCACCCAUGAAUUUCUAAUCUGGUUCCUUACAUGUUAUUUCUCUAACUCAAUCAAUUGGUGUACGCAUGCACAGAACACACUGUUUUGUAUUUUUUAAACUAAAUACGAUUUCAGGAUUUGAAUUUGUACCGAAACCAUAUUUACUUGGAAAACCCAUAAAAACCAAGCUUUACUACUGCAGUUAUAGGACCAAUCUAAAGAAAAUACAAUAAUUUUGCGAAAUGAUAUUUUACAGUAAUGGAAAAAUUGUCUGUUAAAAUACGUUUUUCAACCUAAACUAAAACUCAAAUUGUGAAUUUAGUAGUUUUUGGUAGUUUAAAGUGCGCUCUUUCAGAUGGCAUACAGUGCAACUGUUUACGUGAUCGGAGACAUCGAAAUUGCUUGAAAGACAAAGGUCGUAAAAUUCUCAAAAGUCAGAACAUUAGUUUAUCGCUUAAAAUAAUGGGUACCUUGUUGCGUUAUGACCAUUCUGAUGUUAUUUUCAGAUAACUUGACCCAAAAAGAUUUAGAGUACGAAAUUUUAGGGGAAUAAGCUUCUGAAGUUAACUUCCGCAGGUGGAAUUGGUGGAGCAUGUUAUGUCAGGCAAUUUGUAAUGAGCUGUAAAUCAAAAUAUGUUUGAGAAAUUCUUCAGACUUCAAAUUUUGUAUACAGUCAUUUCUUACUAUUGUCUACUGAUGGUGAAAAAAAUGAGCCAGAUCCUAAGAGGCGGGUUACAAAUUCAAAAAAACUGAUGAAUUGACAUGGAAUGACCCAGUAAUGCAAUUGUUAUUGGUUCUUCCCAGGAAACGUUGAGAACUGCUCUUGCAAUGGGAAUGGACAGGGCAAUUCAUGUUGUGGUUGACGAAAAAGAUGCUACUACUCUAGAACCCCUAGCAGUGGCAAAAUUGUUUGCCAAAAUUGCUGAGGAGGAAAAACCUGAUAUCAUUCUUUUAGGCAAACAGGUAGGAUGCUGAAAAUACACUACGUGGUUGAUGUAAUGCAUGCAGGUAUGCAAUUUAAUCAUGUGCAUGCAGUUUUGUUCAAGCUGUUAAAUUAAUACAGUGUAUAUAUA